CGGAGGACGAAAGCAAAGAUUAAUUUUUUUCUGUAUUUAAACAUUCUUUAUUCUUUUUUUUCUUCUGAAGAUCGAGAAACAUGGAGGGUUUAGAGAGAGCUCGGAAUCCGAGCAAGAGAACAGGGCAUAGUAGCAUCGGAAGGAGCCUCAGCAGGAGUAGCUGGAACAUGGAAGAUGUGUUUUCAGCCGGUUCGAGACGGAGUAGUCGCGUCGACGACGACGAGGAAGCUCUAAAAUGGGCUGCUAUCGAGAAAUUACCCACGUACGAUCGCCUCCGAACCAGCAUCAUGCAGUCCUUCGUGGACAAUGAAAUCAUUGGGAACAAGAUGGAGCAUAGAGCAGUUGAUGUUAGAAGCCUUGACAUAAAUGACAGACAAAAAUUCAUUGACAUGCUCUUCAAGGUUGCCGAGGAAGAUAAUGAAAAGUUCUUGAAGAAGUUCAGAAACAGGAUCGAUAAGGUUGGGAUUCAACUUCCGACGGUAGAAGUUAGGUUCCAGAACCUGACGAUAGAAGCCGACUGUUUCAUCGGCAGUCGAGCUCUUCCGACACUUCCAAAUGCUGCCUUGAACCUUGUAGAAUCGGCUCUCGGCUUGUUCGGAAUCAGAUUUGCCAAGCGAACAAAUCUCACCAUCCUCAAAGAUGCUUCUGGGAUUAUUAGACCAUCAAGGAUGACACUCUUGCUAGGCCCACCUUCUUCUGGGAAAACAACUCUUUUGCUUGCCAUGGCUGACAAGUUGGACAAAAGUUUAAGGGUUAGAGGAGAAGUAACAUACAAUGGAUAUAAACUACAAGAAUUUGUUGCUAGAAAGACAUCUGCAUAUAUCAGUCAAAAUGAUGUUCAUGUUGGAGAAAUGACAGUGAAAGAAACAUUUGAUUUCUCGGCAAGAUGUCAGGGUGUCGGAACUCGAUACGAUCUGUUAAGUGAGCUAGCUAGAAGGGAAAAGGAUGCAGGGAUUUUACCAGAAGCUGAUGUAGACCUUUUCAUGAAGGCAACUUCAGUGCACGGAGUUGAAAGCAGCCUUAUUACUGAUUACACACUCAAAAUAUUGGGGCUUGACAUAUGCAAGGAUAUCAUUGUUGGAGAUGAUAUGCACCGUGGAAUUUCUGGAGGUCAAAAGAAAAGAGUAACUACCGGGGAGAUGAUUGUUGGCCCGACCAAGACACUUUUCAUGGAUGAAAUAUCGACCGGUCUCGAUAGUUCAACAACAUACCAGAUAGUGAAGUGCUUGCAGCAGAUUGUGCACCUAACAGAGGGCACGAUUUUAAUGUCCUUGCUGCAGCCUGCUCCGGAGACUUUCGAUCUCUUUGAUGAUAUCAUCCUCUUAUCUGAGGGACAGAUCGUGUAUCAGGGUCCACGAGAGCACGUCGUUGAGUUUUUUGAGAGCUGUGGUUUCAAAUGUCCUGAGAGGAAAGGAACUGCUGACUUUUUGCAAGAGGUUACCUCAAAGAAGGACCAAGAGCAAUACUGGGCAGAUAAGAGGAAGCCAUACAGAUACAUUACAGUAACUGAAUUUGCAAGCAGGUUCAAGCGCUUCCACGUUGGAAUGCAGCUAGAGAGUGAGCUCGCCGUUCCUUUCGACAAGUCAAGAGCUCACAGAGCUGCAUUGGCCUUCCAAAAAUACUCAGUCUCCAAAAUGGAGCUUCUUAAGACCUGUUGGGACAAAGAAUGGCUACUGAUCAAGAGGAAUUCUUUUAUUUAUGUCUUCAAGACAGUCCAAAUUGUCAUUGUGGCGAUCAUCGUGUCCACAUUAUUUUUGAGGACUGAAAUGGACACUAGGAAUAUUGGAGAUGCACAACUCUAUGUUGGUGCACUUCUAUUUGGAAUGAUCAUCAACAUGUUCAAUGGUUUUGCUGAGCUCUCGCUCAUGAUCAGUAGGCUUCCAGUGUUCUACAAGCAAAGAGACCUUUUAUUCCAUCCUGUCUGGACUUUCACUCUGCCCACUUUUCUGCUUCGGGUUCCGAUAUCUAUUUUGGAAACUGUCGCUUGGAUGGUUGUAACAUAUUACACUAUUGGAUAUGCACCAGCGGCCAGCAGGUUUUUCAAGAACUUCCUGCUGGUGUUUUUAGUACAACAAAUGGCAGCCGGUCUCUUUCGGCUUAUUGCUAGCAUAUGCAGAUCAAUGAUGAUAGCUAACACUGGCGGGACUCUUACUCUUCUACUCGUAUUCAUGCUCGGAGGUUUCAUCGUUCCUAAAAAUCAAAUUCCAAGCUGGUGGGAGUGGGCCUACUGGAUUUCACCUCUGACUUAUGGUUUCAACGGUUUUACCGUGAACGAAAUAUUUGAUUCGAGGUGGAUGAACAAACCGGCUUCAGACGGUUCGCCGAACUUGGGGGAACAAGUGCUCCGAAGCUUUGAUGUUCCGAACAAUGAAAACUGGUAUUGGAUUGGUGCAGGCGCUCUUCUGGGCUUCACGGUGCUUUUCAACGUUCUGUUCACCUUCGCUCUUAUGUACCUAAACCCCCUUGGAAAGCCACAGGCUAUAAUUUCGGAGGAAACAGCACAAGAGCUGGAGGCUGAACACGAGGCUUCAAAUGAAGAACCGAGGUUAAUGAGGCCAGAAUCAAGCAAAAAUUCGAUCUCCGCAGGCUCUAGCAAUAAACAAGAAAUGGCGAUCCGGAGAAUGAGCAAUCAAGCCAAUUCCCAUGGAAUCAACAGGAACGAUUCUUCGAUUGAUGUCGCCACUGGUGUUGCCCCGAAGAGAGGAAUGGUUCUUCCCUUCACUCCUCUAGCAAUGUCCUUCGACAAUGUCGAUUACUAUGUUGAUAUGCCACCUGAAAUGAAGGCACAAGGAGUCGGAGAAGACAGGUUACAACUACUUCGAGGAGUAACAGGUGCAUUCCGGCCCGGAGUGUUGACAGCAUUGAUGGGAGUCAGUGGAGCAGGCAAGACAACGUUGAUGGAUGUUUUAGCAGGAAGAAAAACCGGUGGAUACAUCGAGGGUGAUAUCAGAAUAUCCGGAUUCCCUAAGAACCAAGAAACAUUUGCAAGAAUUUCUGGAUACUGUGAACAAACUGAUAUUCACUCACCACAAGUUACCAUCAGAGAAUCCUUGAUUUACUCAGCUUUCCUCCGACUUCCGAAAGAAAUCAGCAACGAGGAAAAGAUGAUUUUUGUGGAUGAAGUGAUGGAACUAGUAGAAUUAAAGAGUCUCAAGGACGCCAUAGUAGGGUUGCCUGGAGUCACAGGGUUGUCAACAGAGCAAAGAAAGAGAUUGACAAUUGCGGUAGAGCUUGUUGCUAAUCCCUCCAUCAUUUUCAUGGAUGAACCGACAUCUGGUCUUGACGCAAGGGCAGCAGCCAUUGUCAUGAGGACUGUCAGAAACACCGUGGACACCGGAAGAACGGUUGUCUGCACUAUUCAUCAGCCUAGUAUUGAUAUCUUCGAAGCCUUUGACGAGUUGUUACUGAUGAAGAGAGGAGGUCAGGUGAUUUACGCAGGACCUUUAGGCCGGAAUUCUCAGAAGAUCAUCGAAUAUUUCGAGUCUAUUUCUGGAGUUCCCAGAAUUAAGGAUAAGUACAAUCCAGCUACAUGGAUGCUAGAAGUAAGCUCUAUAGCUGCUGAAGCUAGGCUUGGAAUUGAUUUUGCGGAUCACUAUAAAUCAUCUUCCCUGUACCAGAGAAACAAGACCUUGGUAAAUGAGUUAAGCACACCACCACUAGGAGCUAAAGACCUCUAUUUUGCCACUCAGUACUCACAAAAUUCAUGGGGUCAGUUCAAAUCAUGCUUUUGGAAACAAUGGCUGACUUAUUGGAGAAGUCCAGAUUAUAACCUAGUCAGAUACUGCUUCACGUUGAUCGCUGCGCUCUUGGUCGGUUCUAUUUUCUGGCAAGUCGGCACUCAAAAGUCCAGCUCAACUGAUCUUUCAAUGAUAAUCGGGGCAAUGUAUGCUGCAGUCAUAUUUGUUGGAAUUAAUAACUGCUCAACAGUACAGCCGGUAAUAGCCAUCGAAAGAACGGUGUUUUAUCGUGAAAGAGCUGCUGGGAUGUACUCUGCAUUACCUUAUGCCCUCUCACAGGUGUUUUGUGAAAUACCUUACAUAUUUUUCCAAACAACAUACUAUACACUUAUAGUGUAUGCUAUGGUGGGCUUUCAAUGGACAGCAGCAAAGUUCUUCUGGUUUUUCUUUAUCAACUUCUUCACCUACCUUUACUUCACAUACUACGGAAUGAUGGUCGUUUCGAUCACACCGAACCAUCAAGUAGCAGCUAUAUUUGCCUCGGCUUUCUAUUCAGUCUUCAAUCUUUUCUCCGGUUUCUUCAUUGCAAGACCGAGUAUUCCCGGUUGGUGGAUUUGGUAUUACUGGAUUUGCCCCGUUGCAUGGACCAUCUACGGACUCAUUGUGUCACAAUACGGUGAUAUGGAUGACCCCAUUUUCGUACCCGGCGAACAAGGUAACCAUACAAUUAAAUCGUACAUCGAAGAUCGAUAUGGGUUUGAGUCAGACUUCAUGGGGCCGAUUGCUGGAGUUCUGGUCGCCUUUGCCGCGUUCUUUGCUUUUAUGUUUGCCUACUGCAUAAGGACGCUCAAUUUCCAGAACAGAUAAACAGGAUUCAUGCAGGAAAUUCUUCUUCAAGCCGCUAUGUUUCAUUUACAAUCAUAAACUGUGACCCUGUACAUUCAAAUACAAUUUAUUAAUCAUUUCGACGAAUUUCAGAUACUGUUUUGAACUUUAUAUUGCUUUUGCAUAAGCAUCGUAUAGUCUAGAUGAUGACGAGGAGUUUAGUUUGCAAAAAGUUUAAAGAGCUUCACCUGGGAAUGUAAAGUUUUGUUGAUUGAU